AUGGCGCACCCUGUCCUAUGGAGAGGAAAAACGUUCUUCUAUCCUAUUGGCAAUACAUCUGCAGUUUGCCUCACACAGGAUCUUUGUCCAACUGAAAAAGCAGACGUACUACUUCUUGGGUGUGGCGACCCGAGGCAUAUCCUUUAUACCGUAUAUACAAACAGCACUGGCUUGCAAGCGUCACGAAAAUCGGACUUUACUUGCUGCGAUCUUGAGAGUGCAGUCAUUGCCCGUAAUGUUAUCUUAUUCACUCUUCUUGCCGACAAAGGUUCUGCGGAAAGAGCGCCACAAAUCUGGAACAUUUUUUUCCACUUUUUCCUCGACAAAGCCUCCCAUGACCUGCUCAUAUCACAGUGCAGGAAGUUGGUCGAGCUAUCCAGCGAUCUAGAUAGCUGGAACAACGGUCCUUACGGUUAUUUCCUUCGUAUGUGUACUGGAGAUACUCUCGCCGAGUUGCGGCGCCUUUGGGAGCUUCACGUCAAGACGACAACUUGCUCUCCUAGCGAGGCAAAAGCAUUUGAAUCCGCAUAUGCUGCUGACGUCAAGGCUUCCAGGGCGAAGCUCGAACAUGUGGUUACAGCAAGUCGGGCAGCUGGGCCACUGUCGAUGUAUGCGUUCAAGAUGGCGGGUGAUCACUACAACAUUUACUGGGAUACAGGCAUAUGCUCUGCCGUCCCUAAGAGACCCUCAGAGAUGUCACAUCCAAAUCCAACCUUAGCAUUCUCCAUGGUCGGUGACAAAUUUGGUGUACACUAUGGAACAGAUCCUCUCUGCUGCUUUCAUUUGGCAGAAGCGCUUGCGCCAGCUGUCGGAAGCACUCGCCACCCAGACAAAUGUACUCUGAAAGACAUAGUAGACGUCUGCAAGAGGCAAUUUUCCAGGUGGUGCGCUUCGGUGUCCAAGGUCUUGGGCAGUCAAAAUCCAUCUUCUCCGAGCCCGCUCAUCAUACGUUGCUUUGUGGGAGACGCUCUGAGCUUUUGUCAAGCUCUUUGCUACUCCCGCACCGCAAAAUCGACGUCCACACCAUUCACCGUUGCUCCUUGGAAGAUCCCGUGCAUCACCUUUGACCCUAGCGCCUACGGAACUAGUAUGCAGUCACCCGCGCCGACCACAUUCAACGUCAUCGAUACUUCCAACCUUCUUGAUCACGUCGGCGUGCUGAAUCUUAUCGCUGUUACUUCUCCUAUUCUUCAGCGCACUCUAUCCGCUACGUUGUACACGGAAGGUCUUGCUUCAGAUAGCCCAGAGGACACGUUGGCCGAACAACUUUGUGGAGAUAUCGCAACUAUGGGUCUGCUCCUCGGCUUGAUUCCCGCGUGCUUCGUUUUGCAGUUCACGAAUCGGUCAAACAUGCAUGAGCACAUCAUGCGUGUAUCACAAAAGACAACCCAGAAUCACGAGCGCCUUGCAUGGAAACUAAUCGGCGGUGCUGAGAAACUCCUGACUGAUCUUGACUGCCCCAUCGAUAUCCCUGCGGAGCAGCUUGCAGGCGUUUUCUUCAAUAUAUAUCUCAACAUGUUUUCUCAUGAGAACGUGAGACGAAGGUUGGCCAUGGCCAAGCAGUCGCUGUCUGGGAUCAUACAUUACCAUCGUCGUUCGUUUGUGGAGAUUUUGAGUGUUGUCAAGAGGAGGGUGAUCACAGACUGGGAUUCGACCAUGAACAUGCUUCAUGACAAGAUUCGGAAUGACAGGAUCCUCAUAACUGGAAUGAACUUUUACCAAGAACUCUGCUGCCAGCUGCACCUUCUUGGUGUUUUCGAUGUGGAUUGGCUGUCUCUGUCUCUACCAGAAGUGCAUCGCGUCGAAAGGCCCUUUGUCUUUCGCAAUUGGAAGGUGCUUCCAAAAACUCUCUGUGUCGUCCUCGUUGUUCCUCGGGAUCGCCUCCAGCCGCUCUUGCCCGAUCUUGACGAGGCCGGAACACCUUUGUUGCAGUGCGACCUGAGGGGCACAGCAACAUCAAACGCGUUCUCUGCCAUCAGCACAGUUUUUGGUACCAUUACGACCAGCGGCCAUGGUGAUGGCAAGACUGCAGUCAUUAGAGAAGACACCACUAGACGUUAUGGAACUUCUCCUCUAGUGGUGUGGUUCUGGGUGCCAACUAUUGUGCUGGUGAAUGAGCGUCGUUUAUCGGUUGUGUUAUCUCUUUUCACCACCCCAGCAACUUGCGCGUUCGCCAUGAAGCGGGGGCUUGACCUAUCCAUAUUCCGCGCAGACCUGGGAGAUGAGCAACUCGUGCAUAUCCUAAGACAGCAUCCUAAUGCUGGCCCAGAGAGUCCCAAGGAGAAGAAUGUGCAAAUCGGCGGCCGUCCUAUGAAGACGUCUGGUGCAUGCACAUUCGUCACCUUAGACAAAGAAUGCAAGACACCUUUGACAUUCACCACUCGUGUGGAUAUCGUCGAACCGGACAUGAAAGCUUCCCUGACCAGCGGUGGUACUCCCGUUGUGAACCAAGUUUCUAUGCAUUCAAUCGCCAUCGUUCUUGGAAAAAAGUCUUUGCAAUUCCCUUUCCCGCUUCCUAUUGAUGCCAAGAAAUCCAAGCUUCGCAUUGCGCGAAAGUCGCUAUACAUCGAAAUCAUCUUGCCCCUGAGACUUACUCUUGGAGACACCGACUCGGACAUAUUCCCUGUUAUUCCGCACGGAGGCGAUCUUGCUCUCUGGAACAUGCACCGCGUCAACCUGGACCAUUGCACACCCUUCAGCAUUGCUAAUAAGAGAGCUCUUGACUGGGUCAACCCUCAGCUCUUCUUCAUGACGUCUGAUCGUGAAAAACGCAUGCCCCAUGAAUUGAAUACAGGGUCAACACUGCUUGAUGUCAAGCGUUCACUCCAUUGCAUCCUUAGGCAGGCGAGCGGUCUCGCAGAAGAUAAACCUGCUCUAUGCUACGCCUUGCGAGUGAAAGAUGAAGAGGAAAUCUUUGUCAUGUUCUAUAUCACAAAUCUCCGCUUGGACGUUGGCUCGCACUCCAUGGUCGCUGAUGCAUGGGUGAUGCCGUCUUCUCCCUCGUUUGAGAAGGUCGAGGCUUUCAGCAAGGUUUCUAGUCAUUUGAGGCCUAGCAAUAUGAAGAUGCUUGAGAUGGGUAUUGAGGAGAGGAAGGCAUGGCAGCACCUCCUCGUGGCUGCGACGGAGCGGUGUCGUACCUGGGAACACAAGACCAACUGCGAGUACCGCGUACAAGGCGUUAUCCCUCUGACGUUGGAGCCAGACGAGAGUCCUAUUUGCUCGUGCGGUGCCGGGAUGGGGACAGAAUCAUUUGUGAAGAAAUACCCGAUGCUUCGACCGCUUGCACCGUAUGUGACAAGGGCAGCGAUCAGUCCACUGUUCGCGCUGUCGUACCUUGAAAAGGUCGGUAGUCUGGAAGAUAACGUCGCUUCAAGUACUGCAUCAACGCCUGCGCUGGCAGCAGUGGUGCGUAAUGUGUGCGCUGCUUGUGGAAAGGAAAGUGGUGGUUCUGCGUCGUUGUUGAUUUGUAGUCGGUGCAAGGUUGUGCGGUAUUGUUCACAGGGUUGUCAACGCGAGGACUGGAAGGGGCACAAGAAGAGUUGCGUAGCACCAUCUUCCUAG